CAACUAACAAAUUUAUUAUUAUUUACCCUGACGUCCUGAAAUAUAGCUUCAAGUAAUAAAUUGGGUUAGAAACACUAUAUUGUGUCAGGUAGAUAUAGAUAAUCGGACAGCUAGUCAACAGCUACUAACCUAGAAACUUACUCGUCUUUAUCUAUGCUUACUGCAUUGCACUUUGAAGCAAAAUAACACAUAACAAAUAAAAAUGUUUCCCAGAAACAUACUCGCAUCCACAUGGAGAACCUGCAAUCAAGUUCAGCUACGGUUCAGAUCAUACCGGAAAGGAGAUUAUUGUGAAACGAAAAACCAAAAAUAUCGUAAAGAAAGGGGACUUCCCAUUAAUCCAAAUACAAUUGGGGUGCUCACAGAUGGAUCCGACUUCAGUUACUUGGAUGGCCGAAUCGCCCCCUUGGCCCAGGGUCAGAAGAAAAGGAUUUUACGUAAUGAACAAACAAAGCUACAGAUCAUAGCUCUGAGUAGAGAGAUUGACUUUGCCAUUGAACGAUAUCAGCAAAUACAAGACGAGGAGAGUCGUAAGAAACAGCACAUAUUAGAUAGGAAGUUGAAGCCCAAAGGAGCAGCUCUGUUAAGUACAAGUUGAAUUGCUAAUUGUUUCUGUUCGGUAAAUAUAUUCUAGAUUCUAGUCUA